GUCGAUGAGACAAAGCUACCUGAGCCGUCGUUCCGUCUGCUGGAGGGUUCCUCCUCUGAAACCCCUCCUCCGAGGAAAAACAACAAGGAGCAGCUCGGCAGUCCAGCGCGAGGUUACAUCCGCUUCAUAGAGAAGUCAGCAGACGAACUAGACGAGGAUGUUGAAUACGACAUGGACGAAGAGGACUACGCGUGGCUAGAGAUUGUGAAUGAGCGGCGUCGCAGCGCGGGCCUGCGCGCAGUCAAGCAGGAGGUGUUUGAGAUGCUCAUGGACCGGUUGGAGAAGGAGGGCCAUGCUGCGAGCCAGCGCGCCGGCCGUCACGACGUGCCGUCCAUCGAUGAGGACGCCGUCUGCUGCAUCUGCGAUGACGGUGAAUGCCAGAACAGCAACGUGAUUCUCUUCUGUGACCUGUGUGACCUCGCCGUGCACCAGGAGUGCUAUGGCGUGCCCUACAUCCCCGAGGGCCAGUGGCUGUGCCGCCGCUGCCUGCAGUCGCCGUCGCGCGCCGUCGACUGCGUGCUCUGCCCGAAUAAGGGCGGCGCGUUCAAGCAGACGGACGACGGCCGCUGGGCACACGUCGUCUGCGCGCUGUGGGUGCCAGAGGUCGGAUUUGCAAACACGGUGUUCCUCGAGCCGAUCGACAGCGUUGCAAGCAUCCCGGCGGCGCGCUGGAAGCUCGGCUGCUACAUUUGCAAGCAGCGCGGCGCGGGCGCGUGCAUUCAGUGCCACCGUGGCAACUGCUAUACAGCGUUCCACGUGACGUGCGCGCAGCAGGCGGGGCUCUACAUGAAGAUGGAGCCCGUCACAAAGGACACGCCCAACGGCACGCACUUCACCGUCCGCAAGACAGCGUUCUGCGACGCGCACAUGCCCGUUGACGGCGACGGUGGCGAUUCGGGUGACUCAGCGACGCCAUCUACAACGACAGCAGUCGCAGGGGCGCCGGCAGGCGAGAGGAAGGCGGCGUCGGAUGAGAAGGUGAAGACAAUCCGACAGAACAUGAGAAAGGUGAGGAAACUUCUCGCCGAGCGAAGGAACUCCGAACCCAGCCAGCCCAUGGUCUCCGUGCCAGACAUUCCACCAGAAGUGCUCGCAACGUUUGCCAGCAGGCUGCAGGUGCAGAAGAAGGGCGUGUUCAUCAAGCGUCUGCAGAGCUACUGGACGCUGAAGCGGCAGUCGCGUAACGGCGUGCCGCUGCUCCGCCGCCUGCAGAGCACCCACCAGCAGCGCAAAGAGCAGGUAACCUUACCGGUAGAGAACGACAAGCGAGCGAACAUCCUGCUAGAGCAGCUGCGAUACUGGCAGCGACUGCGGCAGAACCUGGAAAAGGCUCGUCUGCUCGUCGAACUCCGAUACGGCAGAGCGUGAUGAAGCUGAAAGCGCGAGCAGAUGAUCCUGCACCAGCGCACGCUGAAUCUCAGGUUGCAGCCGUUCAACGUCUUGCUACGACAAGCUGUCCACCAGCUGCAGGAGAUCGACACCGGCGCCAUCUUCGCGCGACCCGUUGACGUCAAGC